UGCUCAUGCUUUAUAUCCACAAUUCAGUGAAUAGGGUGUCCUCCAUUGCAAAGCAAACACUCACACAUAUUGAGGGCAAAGGCCUCUUUACUGGUGGUUUAGGGCUGGUUUGCCAGUGCCAACAUUUGCAUUUGAAGCCUUUGCCAAGCAAGGUCACAUUGAAAUCUUUGUCCACAUGAUUCACGUAGACAAACUGGGCAAAAUGUUUGUUUGUAAUGAAAGAAUAUUUUGGAUGUUUACUUACUUUUGUUUGUUUGAACUGCAGAUCCUGAGUUGAUUCUGGCUGCUGCUGGAGCGGGGGAUGAUCCUGAAUCCAAUGUGGGGGCUUUUGAAGAAAAUGCAGCUGCUUCUGCUGAGUUGCCUCCACAGGUGCCCACAUUGGAUGCAGCAGAAUCAGCACCCCUGCCACCUGGGCGAAGGCAGCUUUUCGAACUUGGUGAAAGGUUGGCUGCCCAGGCGGAUAGAUUAUGGGAGCAAGGUAGGCCUUCUACACAAAUUAAUUAUGUAGAAAGGACACUGGAGCUCUUACAGCAAGACUUGAGCCAACAAGCUCAGGACCGCCAGCAAUUGCAAGAACAAUUGCAGCGUAGGGACCAGAAUCAGGCUUCACAACUUCUAAUGUUGACUAUAGCUAUUAACAACCAGACUGUAGUCCUCAGGCAAAGUGGUGAAGAGAUUCGGGGCUUGCGUUUAGCGGUACAGCAACUAAAUGCAACAAUCGCCAGACGCUCUCACAGCAGUGGCAGUGAAGAGCAAGGUGUUGUGUUGCUACAAGAUGAGCAUGUUGCCAGGCCAGGGACUGAAAGCCAGGGGGUGGCUGAUUCUGAAUUACCCCCGAUGGACCCUCCCUCCCAAUUAGAUACUCUCCCCACUUCCUCACAUGCCCCCACAGACCCAAACACUCAAACACACCAUUCUGAUCCUUCACAUCACAUAGCAUCUCCCUGUUCCCAUAGUUCUAACAUGCCCCCACCCGACCAGCCUACAUCAACUCGCAUAGCACCUACCUCCACUCCACUUUUCUCCUUGCCCUCUGCCACACACACCUCCAGACACGCUCAACCCGACCUCUCCCCUUAUUCAACUUUCACUACCCCUCUUCCUGAAAGUCCAAAUCCCCAAAUCCGUUCUCAUUUACCAGCCCAAAAUGUAAUUCCCUCUACUUUACCCCUUUUCAGCCUCCCGAUCAACCUUGCCCCCCAAAGUUUCACUCACCUCCCUGGUUUCACCUUUUCCCUCUUGCCACAAUCCACCUCUCAUACCUUCCCCACCCCUCAGGCACAACCCCUGUCCAGUAACCCACUCCAGCAGAUAGCCAUACAACUACCACAGCAGCAGCAGAUGGCCAUGCUUCUGCAACAGCAGCAGGAGCAGAUGGCUCUGCUUCUGCAGCAACAGCAGGAGCAGAUGGCCAUGCUCCGGGAACCACGCCAAGAACAUUAAUGAAGCCCCUGCAUUUUUAUAUUGUUUUCCGAUCUAUUUUCUGUUAAAAGUCAUCCUUAAAUUUACGUUUUGUUUGAAUGUUUUUUUCAAA